GCUAUCCUUAUCAGUAAAAUUUAUGCGGAUAAGUGAAAAUCGCGAUCAGUUUACUGUUAAAAGAAUCCCAAAUUUCCCGAAAAUUUCUGUCUGUAUCCGGAGGAAAAGUUGUCGGGCUUAAGACAGAAUGUCUUUACUUUGCAAUACCGGUGACUGGUUCAUUCUGGGACAUGGCCAUUCGUACAGAAAAAUUGACCUGUACAACAUGGAAUGGCCGGCCACCAUAAAUCUCGAACAGAUGAUAGUGCACGCAGCACCCUACGGUGGCCCUAUAGCCCUGGUUAAAGACUUCAAGCAAUUCAUAAAACUAACGGGCAAUGUUUCGGCCAAACCGGUCAUUCGAAUCUUCAACUGUUCCGGAAAAUUGAUUUCGUCGAUUAAUUGGGAUAACGGAAAUUUGGUGUGCAUGGGUUGGUCCGACGCGGAAGAUUUUCUCUGCGUUCAGGAUGACGGGUUCGUUUGGAUGUACGAUAUGUUUGGGAACUUUCAGCACAAGUUCAGCAUGGGUAAAGAUGUAACGGAGGUAAUCGAUGCCAAAAUAUUUGCCUCCAGUUCUGGAACAGGAGUGGCGGUCAUUACGGCUUCCUACAAGAUCUACGUGGUCAACAGCAUUAAGGAUCCCAAAUCUAGACCGCUUUCCGAGUUGCUGAGUUUAAAUAGCGAAAUCAGUUGUUGGGAGUUGGUUUCAAAAGAGAGAAACACCUGUUGUUUGAUAGCGCGAGAUACGGAAAUCAUUCUUGUUAGACACGGAGAUUCUGCACCAAUGACUCAUGUCAUUACCAUGAAAAACGAUUUCCGCAAUAUUGUGUCCAUGUCGGUAUCAUUCAAUCAUCGACAUCUUGCGCUUUAUACGGAUACCGGAGUACUUUGGCUGGGUUCGGCAGAUCUGAAAACUAAAUACAGUGAAUUUGCAACAGGCAGAACAGAUAGACCACAGCAAAUAGCUUGGUGUUGUGACGACGAUGCUCAUCCCGAUCGACAAGCUGUCGUUAUCAGUUACGGAAACACGAUCCUAGUGGUUGGAACUAACGGAGAAUUUAACCCGUUCCCGUUCGAUUCACAAACGAUUCUGAUUCAAGAGAUGGACGCCGUUCGCAUUCUGACCAAUGGAAAUCACGAUAUGAUCCAACGAGUACCGAAAUGCACUAGCAACAUAUUCGGAAUCAACAUAUCCGAACCGGCCAGCUUUUUAUUUGAGGCGCAUCGAAAGUUCCAGGAACGCAGCCAUCAGUCGGACGAAUAUUUGUGUCUGAUCCAGAAUCGGUUGGCUUCGGCCGUGGCGGAAUGCAUCGAGGCAGCCGGACAGGAAUUCGAUUCGCAUACUCAGAAAAGUUUGAUCAGAGCAGCUUACUUCGGGAAAGGAUUCCUGCCGGGGUACAAUUCGGAUGCAUACAUUGAGAUGUGUCGUGUGCUAAGGGUGUUGAAUGCUUUGCGCGAUCAAAACGUUGGAAUGCCGCUGACUUUGAAGCAAUUUAACUAUUUACAACCUUUAGUCAUACUGGAUAGGUUGAUCUUCCGCAAACACUAUGCAUUGGCGAUUCAGAUAGCCAAACACCUUAAGCUACCCGAAUCAAGAAUUCUGGAGCAUUGGGCGUUUCACAAAAUUGUCAACGAUAAGAACGAGGAGGAAGUGGCGCGUAAAAUUUCGGAGAAAUUUCUUUCCCAUCAGACUCGGGAACGCAUUUCGUUCGCAAACGUGGCCAAAAAGGCACAGCAGGUUGGAAAAACUAAAUUGGCCAUCACACUGCUUGAGCUGGAGCCACGUAAAAGUUUGCAAGUUCCCCUGUUGCUAAAGUUGGGAGCAAACGAGAAAGCUCUGAUGGCCGCUACGCAAUCUGGCGAUACCGAUCUCAUCUACAUGGUGAUCCUGGAAAUGAAAAGUACCACAGCGUUGGCCAAAUUUCAGAUGAUCAUUCGACGCUUUCCGUUAGCUCAAAACCUAUACAAGAAGUACUGCCAGGCUAACAGUUUGUCCACGUUGAAGGAUAUCUACUCCCAGGAGGACGAUUUCCAGGCCCAGGCAGAGCUCGGAUUGCGGGAAGCUCUGGAGAUAAACAAUGUUGAAGUUUCCAUACCAGAUAUAAGUGGAAACUAUAAGAAGGCUAACAAAACGCUGGAGACUGAGGCUUGUGAUGAAACGAAAAAGCUGAUGAAACAUCAGAAGGUUUUAGAUGAAAAAUAUCAAAAACGAUUGUACGGAUUACCCCUCCACGCAACCAUCAGACAGGUUCUUCUAAUUGGGGAUCUCAAGUACGCCGAGAGAUUGAAGAGCGAGUUCCGAAUGCCGGAUCGACGUUAUUGGUGGCUGAGGAUCCAAGUGUUGGCCCAACAGUUCCAGUGGGAAGAAUUGGAAAAGUUUGCCAAGAGCAAAAAAAGUCCCAUCGGGUACGAACCGUUUGUGGAGAUUUGUCUCCGGCAAGGUCGGAUCGAUGAGGCAAAAAAGUAUUUGCCACGAUGUAUUGAGGAAAACAAAUUCAAAUGGUAUCUGCGGGCCGGAUGCUACCUGGAGGCAGCUACUAUCGCCUACGAACAGAAGGACAUUGACAAUUUGCUGAAAAUUUACGAUUACUGUUCCAAUGACCCAGUGCUGUCAACAAAGGUGGAGAAUUUGAUAGGCCAGCUGUCCACGAAAAAAUAGGCCCUUGUAUCAGUAAAUAUUUUAAGUGUAAUGUCAUAUAUAAUACGUCUCUUUGUAAUAAUUAUUAAUAUAUUUUUCGGGUUAUUCCAUGAUAUCUAAAUUGAUAAAUAGAAAUUAUAAAAACAUAUUGCGGCAAUAAUUUUUAGAAAUUUUUAAAACCUAUAUAAACCGUAAGCAUAUUUUGUCUGUGCAAACCAAUACCUUUCUUUUUUUUAUUGAAAAUAAGCGCUUUCGUCGUUUUUCUUGCCGGCCUCUUUUGAAUUGAAAAAAAAAAAAAGAUUAUUUGUGUUCCGAUAUUUUAUUUACUU